AUGGCGGAGGUGGCGGCGGCGGCGCAGCUGCCGGUCAAGGACGCGCCCGACACGAGGGACGAGGACUACGGCACGGGUGACGACGAGGCCAGCGAAGCGUCCAGGGCGACCGCGGUGGCGGGGGCUGCCGGAGGCGAGGAGAACGCGGACAAGGUGGAAGAGACGGACACAGACUCCGGGAAGGCCGCCUCGGCCACGCUGGACACCGACAGCCUGGCCGGCGACGAGGUGGCGCGGGCCGCUCCGCCGGCUGCAGAAACGGCCGCGGCCUCUCCGGACGGGCGACAGGCGCCUCCCCGGAGGAGUCACAUUCCGGUACCCGUAGCCAGGCAGCAGGGACGCCCCUCCAGGCCCGCGUCACCCAGUGACGAGCACCACGAGGUGUCCGGCGAUGGCCUGGAAGGAGAGUCGCAGCAGAAGUCCGAGGUGUCGCUGGAGCGGCGCGACGGAGGCGGGGGGGAGGUGGAGGAGGAGUGGGAGGAGGACUGGACGCAGGCGGGUAUCGUGUCACCCGGCGUCAUAGAGGACAUCAACAACGCGGAGGACUGGCGCGCGCGGCUGCGCGGCGUGCGGGAGCUGUCGUCGGCGGCGUCGCUGUCCCGCGUGCGGCCGCGGCAGGUGGCGGCGCUGCUGGCCGCGCUGCUGGGAGACGGCGGCGCGCGGCCGGGGCUGGCGGCCGACCGCAACGCCAGGGUCGCCGCCGCCGCGCUCGACGCCGCGGGACGCCUCGCCACGGCAGCCGCAGAGCAGCAGGCGGGGGCGGCGCCGUGGCUGGCGCUGGCGGUGCGCGGCGUGGGGCGGCGCGCCGGCGCCGGCAACCAGCUGGCCGUCAGGGUGGCCGCCGCAGGGGCCGCGCGACGCCUCACCGCGCUGCCGGGCGCCGCCCCACACGUGGCGCGGAUCGCCGUCGAGGACGCCGCGCGACAGGUCAACGCCAAGGCCCGCGAGUCGGCGCUGCUGGUGGCGCUGUACGCGGCGACGCUGCAGCCGCCUCCGUCGCCACCGCCGGAGGCGGACGCGCUGCUGGAGGCGGCGCUGGAGCUGUCUCUGGACGGGCGGCGGCGCGUGCGCCAGGCGGCGCUGGAGCUGGCGGCGGCGGCAGCGGCGCGCGCCGACCCCCGGCGCCUGGAGGCGGCGCUGCGGGGGCUGGCGGAGAGCCGCUCCCCGGCCGCCGCCGCCGCCGCGCGCGCCCGCCUCACCCGCCCCCAGCUGCCCGCCCCCGCUCCCGACGGCCUGCUGCGCUACGGCCUCCACCUGCCCAGGGGCGCCGCCGCCUUCGCCGCCCCGCAAGGGGCGGACGUGUCGUGGAUCCUGUCGGGCAGCGGGGCGCUGUCUGCGGGCAGCGUGCGAGCGCCUGCGCAGUCCACCACGGCGUCCAGCAGCGGCUCCUCAGACUGCGGCGCCGGAGCAGCCGGACACAACCCCUGGGCAGACCGCCGGCGCACCCUCUCCUGGGCAUGGUGGCAAGCACAACUGGUGCAAGAAGAUAAUAUUUAUACGCUUCAGCUGGAAUGCUGUGACACCACAAGAGGAUCAUCUCAACCAUAA